AUGAGGGGAGCUGUUCUUGUAGCACUUGCUGCUACGGUGGGGAAUCUGAUACAAGGAUGGGACAAUUCAACCAUUGCAGGGUCCAUUCUUUACAUCAAGGAGGAGUUCAAUUUGCAGUCUCAACCAGCAAUAGAAGGGCUAGUAGUAGCCAUGUCAAUUAUCGGUGGCACUACUAUUACAACAAUUUCUGGACCAGUAUCAGAUAUCUUCGGAAGACGUCCAAUGCUGAUAAUGUCCUCAAUUCUUUAUUUUCUUAGCAGUCUAGUUAUGCUAUGGGCUCCUAAUGUUUAUGUACUGCUUUUGGGGAGACUACUUGAUGGUUUUGGAGUUGGUCUUGCUGUCACUCUUGUUCCUUUAUAUAUAUCUGAAACAGCCCCAUCUGAGAUUAGGGGGCAAUUAAAUACCCUUCCACAGUUCAUGGGUUCAGGAGGAAUGUUUUUGUCAUAUUGCAUGGUGUUUGUCAUGUCAACGAUGGCUGCACCAAGCUGGAGGCUGAUGCUUGGGGUUCUGUCAAUCCCUGCUCUCAUUUAUCUUACAUUGACAAUUUUUUUCUUGCCUGAAUCUCCAAGGUGGCUUGUGAGUAAAGGAAAGAUGAUUGAAGCUAGACUGGUUUUGCAGAGACUUCGCGGCAGGGAAGAUGUUUCAGGUGAGCUGGCUUUGCUAGUUGAAGGCCUUGGUGUUGGGACAGAAACAAUGAUAGAAGAGUACAUUAUUGGCCCAGCCAAUGAGAUUACUGGUGAAACUGAUGCGAAAGAACAAGUUAGAUUAUAUGGAACCGAGGAAGGUGUCUCAUGGAUUGCCAAACCUAUCACCUCUGGACAAGGUAGUUUAGGGAUAGUGUCCCGUCACGGCAGCUUGGCGAACCAAAGUGUGCCAUUGAUGGAUCCUCUUGUCACUCUAUUUGGAAGUGUCCAUGAGAACACUCCUAUGAUUGGAAGCGCACGCAGCAUGCUUUUUCUGAACACUGGAAGCAUGUUUAGUGUUGGAGAAAAUCAAUGUAGAACUGAACAGUGGGACGAAGAGGGCGGAAGGGAUGGUGAGGACACUUAUCCAGAAGCUUUUAGUGCUGAUUCUGAUGACAAUUUGCAUAGCCCAUUGCUAUCACACCAACAUUCUAGCAUGGAAAAGGGCAUGGGUAAUUCGGCCAUGUCAAUCAGUAGGCGCAAUAGCAGCCUCAUAAAUUCUGGUGAAGAAGGUGUUGUGGGUAUUGGUAGUGGAUGGCAGCUGGCAUAUAAAUGGUCUGAGAAAUUAGGCAAAGAUGGAAGGAAGGAAGGAGGGCUUCAGAGGAUGUAUUUGCACCAGGAAGGUGUGAUUAGUUCUCAGCAGGAAUCUGUUAUUUCCUCUUCUGGAAUUGACAUUCCUGAAGGUGCGUGUGUACAAGCUUCUGCUCUGGUUAGCCAACCUGUCAUUUGUUCUAAGGAUGUACUGGGACAUCUAUCAGAGGUUCCAGCAGCUAUUCAGCCAUCAGAAAUAGCUACUAAAGGGCCAAGCUGCAGUGACCUUUUUGAACCAGGAGUUAAGCGUGCAUUGAUUGUUGGAGCAGGCCUUCAAAUACUUCAACAGAUUGCUGGCAUAAACGGUGUUCUCUAUUACACGCCCCAGAUUCUUGGGCAAGCUGGAGUGGUAGUUCUUCUAUCAAAUCUGGGCUUGAGUUCAGCUUCUGCAUCUUUAUUGAUCAGUGCUCUCAGUACAUUCUUGAUGCUUCCUUGCAUAUUUCUUGCCAUGAGACUAAUGGAUGUCUCUGGCAGAAGGUCUAUAAUGCUGUACACUAUCCCUAUCUUGGUAGUGUCACUCCUUGCUUUUGUCCUUAGCAGUGUUUUGGACAUGGACUCGACUUUGAAAGCAGUGAUCUUAACUGGCAGUAUUAUGGUCUACUCGAGUUGUUUCGUCAUGGGCUUCGGAGUAAUCCCAAACAUCCUUUGUUCUGAAAUCUUCCCGACUCGUGUCCGAGGCCUUUGCAUCACAAUAUGUUCUCUGACAUAUUGGACUGGAAACAUCACCAUCACUUACUCGCUUCCUGUUAUGCUCAACUACCUUGGCCUUCCUGGUGUGUUCACAAUCUAUGCCAUUGCAUGUGCCGUGUCAUGGAUUUUUGUUUUCUUGAAGGUUCCAGAGACUAAGGGCAUGCCCCUUGAAGUCAUCACCGAGUUCUUUGCUAUGGGUGCCAAGAGAGAUUGA